UGUAAUGCUCUGCCCCCUCCUCCCCCCGCAUCCCGAUGUUUGCAUUUUCAGGGCGCUGCACUCUGAACCUGCUCAGAGGAUGGAGACCCUGGACGAAUUUGACAGUGAAUUCCCGCUCAUCUUCUCCUUCUGCGAGCGGAUCUCCCCCCAGGAUUACGAGGGCCAGGCCUUGAGUUACACCCAGAAGUCCCUGCAGGACCUGUUCGCCCAGAUGGAGCAGAACCCCAGCAUCUGCGAGCGGGUGGCGCGCAAGAGGAAGCAGGCCGAGAACGAGAGGGGCGGCCUGGGGCAGUACCUCAAGGCCAGGUUCUUCGCCCUGCUCCAGGGCGACGUGAAUUAUGACAACUCCCUGGGGCAAAUGGAAAUGGAGGAAAAAGUAGAGCAACUAAAGCGAGAGAUGGAGAAGGCCAACAGUUAUGCCCGCGCUGCCAAGAGCUCAUCCUGGAGGCUGGCCGAGAGAAGGAUCAGGAGGCCUGUUCUGAUGGGAGGGUUGAGCCAGACGGAGCCCAAGCUCUGGGACUCGGGGCUUCCAGCCAUGCCCAGAAUCUUCGGUUCUUUCCCAAAGCAGACUGAGAGAAGCAAUACAGACCUGAAGCAGCUUUGGGCCGGCAUGUCGCCUGUUAAUCAAAAGAGCAUGGUCGACCUACGCCCGCUAAUGCUGAAUCCUGGUGGCUUUCGUCCCUCCUUUCUCACUAGCAGCUCUGUCAACCGGCUGCAAUACACAUUCCCAAGGAUUCCUGCCAGCAGCUCACCCACCUCAUCUUCCCAAGGUGCCAGCUCUUCCAGCACCACGUCAGUUUUCAACACGCCCGUGCUGGCCAAGUUCAGGGGCAACAAGGAGGACAAGAUGGAUAAGGGAAGCCCGGGCCCUGAUACAAACCCCACGGGGGCCUAAAUGUCUUUUCGUGUAUGGGAAGAUGCUACGCGAAUAAAAAGUUUGGUGCACGCUCCUCAGGGUGUGUGUGUGUGUGUGUGUGUGUGCGCACUCUGCUGCUGAGCCAACCCUGAUGCAGCGGAAAGAAGAGUAAAUGGUUGGGCGAAAGGGAGGUGGCUAAGCAUAUUGAAGUGCCCUUCCUUCCCUCUCUUUCCCUUCUUCCCCAUUUCCUUCCUUCCU